GGGGGUUGAAAAGUCCCAAAAAAAUUACCACGUGGUUUAUGGACAGCCCCUAACUGCGCGUAGAACGCUUCUUUCUCGUCAUCAGGUCUCCCUUCGUGUGGGCAGUGGACGUUGAUGAUGCUGUAGUUGAAGAAACGGCCCUUAACUCUCAACAUGCACAUCCUUGCGUUGAUCGGCUGCCACCCGAUCACACGUUGUCGCAUCUUGCCCAACACUAUAAAUCCUGUUCCCAGUUCAUUUGUGGUGCCACAGCUUUGGUAGAAGGUAGCCGCUCGAUGCCCGCUUUUCCACACUUUCUGUCCAGUCCAACAAAGUUCCUGCAAUGCCACGAUGUCGAAGUUGCGGGGAUGUAGUUCAUCGUGUCACAUCCUGCGAAACCUAGUGACUUGCAAUUCCAUGUUCCAAGUUUCCAAUCGUAGUCCUUAUUUCGUCGCGUGGGUCUUUGCCGAUUGUAUCGAGUCGUAUUUUCUCCUAUGUUAUUCGCAAUGGGGAUUUUUACGGGUGGCUUAUUGGGCCUUUUACAAGCAAACCUUUGGGGUUCCGAUGGGUUCCCCACUGUCGCCGGUCGUCGCGAACCUUGUCAUGGAACGACUAGAACAGGAGAGCAUGAGAACGUUAGAGGAGAAACAAAUAUCGAUAAAAGUGUAUCGUCGCUACGUAGAUGACUGCUUCUGCAUUGCGAAGGAGGCUCAUAUAAACACGAUUGUGGAUGUCUUCAAUGAGUUUCACGACAAGUUGAAGUUCACAGUUGAACUAGAAGAAAAUGAAAAACUAAAGUUCCUGGAUAUGACUCUGCAGAGGACAAACGGGAGGAUCACAAAGAUAUGGACACCCAAACAAACGAAUGGAAGAUAUUUAGAUUUCAAUUCGGAAAGCCCCUUCCAACAUAAGAAAAACACGGCGAUCGCGCUUAUAGACCGAGCGAUCAAACUAACAGAUGCCGCGGAGAGACCAAAAGCGAUAGCAACAGUAAAACAAAUUCUGCUAAAAAACCAUUACCCAAAAUGGUUUAUCGCCAAAUUGCUGAAAAACAGGACCCAUCAACAUUACAACACCAUACAAAGAGAGGAAACCGGAAGAAGGGAAACAAAGUUCGUAUCCACACCCUACAUACCAUGCCUCAGUGAAAAACUCUCAAAAAUUCUCAACAAACACAACAUCACACUAGCACACAAACCACGCGACAAAAUCAAAAACACUGUUUUCAGUCGGUUGAAGGACUCAAUUCCAACCAUGAAAACCAAAAAUGUUGUGUAUGCCGUACCAUGCGGCGCUGAGGACGGAAAGGUGUACGUAGGACAAACGGGUAGAAUGCUUAAAACAAGGAUCAACGAACACCAAAACAACAUUAGAAAGAAGGAAGCAAAAACAGGACUAACCCAACACCACCUGGAAGAAGGACACAACUUUGAUUUCGCCAAUACGGAAAUACUGGAAAGGAUCGACAACCAGGCAAGCAGAACCAUUGCAGAGGCCUUCCACAUUAAGCUACUUGGCGACGACAGAACUGUUAAUAUGCAGCGAGAAUGUGGAGGAAUCGACUCGGCGUACAACGGUCUAGUGGGUAAAAUCCGAUCGCUAUCAACACAAACGAACAGACCAACCCGAGUGACACAACCGAACCGAACCGAACCGAACAGACCGAACCGAAUGACACAACUGAACCAACACGAGAAUGGAUAGAUGUGUAAGAAAGGGGGGUUUAGUAAUAAAGCCACACUGGUGGCAGGAACAUCGAUUUGCAUAAGUGGGUGAAGAAAAUUGUAAGACUAAAUUUUCAAAUGUAACGAAUUUUCAAAAUAUAUUUUAGAUCUGAUGAUGGCUGAAUGACAGUAGGCCGAAACGUCAUAAAUCGUGUUUCAGUGUGUUUAUAAUCACCGAAAAAUAUCAACAAUUUCCAAAUAUUAAACUCGACGGUGACCAAAACCCUUAAGAAUUAUUGGGCCUACGCCAACACUCCUGUCUCGCCGGAGGGCCAUCGUGCCAGUUCUGUUUAACGUCCCAACCAACACUGGGACGACCACGCUGAUGGGGCUACCACCUUGGAUCUAGCUGGGCGUGGUGCAGCGUUUCUUACUCAGCCGCUGGAUGCCAGAACAGACGCUGUUUGAGCCGCACCUCCUUGGUGAACAGACACUCAGAUGCCAAUCCACAACACAGCUAUCGACGCAUACUAAUUAGACACCAGCAAAACAAACUGCCUGGUGGCUAGCGGUUUGCUGUAGCGGUAUGCGGAGUGCGAGACCACGUCUCGGCUUCAUAAAAAUAAUUCGCUCUCACUUGUAGUUAGUGGGCUCAAACGGAAGUGUCAAUUAGCAACGUUUCGUGCCUUCUAAUUACAAGUUUUUCCAGUAUAACUCCAGAGAAAUUCCCAGAGGGAUGUCUGGUAAGAUCUAUUGAGAAAUUCCUUGAGGAACGCCUUAUAGAAUUUGAAAUUGAAUAUCUCGGGAAAUCCCUAAAAGAAUCUUGACGAUAGCACACAGAAGAAACUAUGGAGGAAUUUCGGAAUAAACCUUUGAAGAAUUUAUGGAAGGACUCCUGAAGUAAACUGUUGAUCUAUUUAUCAGCGGAUAGUUCUUGGAAAAAUCUGGGGAGAGAAUCCUAGAAAAAUUUCCCAAAUUCUUAGAAUUUCUAGAUGUUCCACUUCAUUAAUGCCUGGAAGAGCCUCAGAAAUCUGUAAAGGAAUUCUUGGAAUCACCAUCCUGUUCUGGAGUCCUUAACUUUUUCAAAAAUCUCUAGUUUGUCUUACGACAUCGCCGGAGUCCCAAGAAAUUCAUAGAGGGAUUUUUAGGAAUAUUUCUGAAGAUUUUUUUGGAAAAAAUCCUGAAAGGAUUUAUUAAAUAAUUCGAUCAAGAGUUUCUAAUGUCCUAAUGAAUUAUUUAGAUAAAUAUGUAAAGAAAGUAGUUUGGAUAGAUUUCUAAAAAACAAAUCUCUGAAGAAUUUUCUGAAACCUGGAAAAAGUUCUGAAGGAACGAAUUUCUUAAGAAAUUUCUGAAGGGAUUUCUGAAGAACACUCGGAAGAAUUUUCUAAAGUUAUCCGUAAAGAAUAAUUUGAAAUUAAUUCUUUGGCGAUGAAAAAAACUAGAAGGAGCUCCUGGAGAAAUACUGAAAGAAAUUUCUAAAGGAAUCCAUGAUUUUCUAAAAAAAAUAAUGAAGAAUUUUCUCAAGAAAUUCCUGGGCGAAAUUCAACUAACAUGUGGUAAGAAUCAAUGUAGGAGUUUUUUGGAUAAAUUCAUGAGAUAACUCCUAGAGUAAUCAAUGCAAUGUGUUUUAAAGAAGUAGUUGUGUAUCUGGAGCAAUAUUUGAGGAUUUUUUUUAAUUUUUAGGGAUUUUCUAAAGGCAGAAUUUAUCCCUCUACAAUUGGCUUUUCGGUCCGGAAAAUUAUGAGCGGGGUGAUUCUAUUACAUCCGAUGUUUCGGCCCUUGGUUUGGGCAUUCUUCUGGGAGGUUAUAGGGGUACCGCUACUUGUAUGUCGCCGGUUGCUUGGCGUACCGUUGUCAGAUUUAGCAGAUUUAGUCUUGUGUUGGCUAUUUGUGGGUAGAUGGUGAGGGUGUAGUUUUCUAAACUUGGACUUACCACUGCGCCGAACACUAACAUGGCGUCUAGAUACUGGUACUAGUACCGAAAAGCCAAUUGUAGAGGGAUAAAUUCUGCCUAUCAGUCGGUCGUUUCCACAAUUUUCUAAAGGAAUCACUGGAGAAAUUUCUAAGGAAACAUUCUGAUGGUCUCUUAAGGAAUUUCUGGAAUCACCAUCCAGUUACGGAGUCCUUGACUUCUUCAAUAAAACCUAACAAAGAGUUUCGCAAGUUACAUCAAUCAAUCAUCCAUCAAUCACAGUUAAUUCAGAUCAAGUGAUCUUCGUCCAGAUAACGUUGCACUGAAGUUUAUGAAGUUAUAAGUUUAUCUAAGCGAAAGCUCAAGCUCAUGGAAGGAUAUGGUUGAAUUCUAAAUACUAUCUCAAAAUGAGUUUCUUCAGAAGAAUCUUGAGAAACUUCUAAAAAUCUUGAAAGGAACUCUAGAUGAAUAAAUUUAGUAAUAUUUCCAAAGAUAUUGGGAGAAUUUUCAUGAAGAAUUAUUAUUCAAUUAUAAGAGGAAAAUUCAACUUGAAUUAACAAAGGAAUUACUAGAAAAAAUUGUUGGAAUUUAUAAGUUCAUACAAGAAUGGGUGCCUACAAGAAUUUCAAAACGAAUUCCUGUAAAUAACUCUGAAAAAAAAAAGCAGGAAGUCCUUUAGAAUAUUUGGAUAAACUUCUGGAAGACUCAGUGGUGAUAACUCUGCAGAAACUCCUAGAAGAAUAUCUGCAAGAAUGUUUAAUGAACUUUCUGGAGCAAUCUCUGAAGAAAUUCCUGAGGGAAUCUUUGGAAUAAUUCCAAGAUGAAUUGUUUUGAGACAUCCUAGUUGAUUUUUUACAAAAAAUCUAAGAAAUCUUUGGAAUAAUUCCAGGAAAAAAAAAAUCUGCAAAAGCUCCAGGAGGAACUUUUGAAGAUCUUGGAGAAAAUUCCUGGAGGAAAAAAGUACUUGAAAAAUAUGGAAGAGUUGUAGGAGAAAUCUCUGAGGGAGAUCCUGUUCAAAUUUCCGGUGGCAUCUUUUGAGUAAUUCCUAAAGGAAUAUGUUAAGGAAUUUGAGCAUGUAUUGCUGCAUUUGUUGGUAGAAACUACGAAGUUUACGGUCAAGUCAUUUAUUCUCGCUUAUGCUCAUGCAUCUGCUGUGGUCUCAAGUCUCAGGUCUGAAGGAAAUGUUUCUGAUAAAAAAAAAUCGUUUUGUUUAUACUUCCAUCUAGGUAUAUAAAAACAAAACUUCAAACAACCGCCGCCGUACAUUGCAGAGAUAAUGAAAAGAGACAUCCCAGCUGUAACGAAGCAAACGCGACCAGAUCCAAAACGACUGUGACGACGACAAUAAUUUUCCGAGUAAAAGGUGAACAAAACUCAACGUCUGCCUUCCCUCCCGAUUCUCCUCCUACCCACGUUCUGUUUUUCCUUAUUACCAAACAGCGCAGCGGCGGAAGACACAAACUAAUCUUGAACGCCCAUUAUCUCUCGUUGAACCUUCGCCACCUCUUCCGCCGCCAACCAACGCACGGGAGCGGGGAGUAAAAAUUAUCCGCUGUUAACCUUUUGUGAUGCCCCUCUUCCGGUCGGUGGGGAGCGAUGGUGUGUGCCACUGUCCACAGCGACCAUUCCCCGUUUGAUAAGGACAACAACAACGGGCAAAAAAAAGAAAAAGAACGGAAAAACUUGAAACGAUUCACAGGUAAAAAGCUACGCCAGAAGGCGAAAUAUGAGCCGGAUGUUGUCAUCGUCGUCGUCGUCAUCAUCAUUACAACAGGGGCCAGUUGGUAGCAGCAAGCAACCAACCUACGAUUUCCAUGUGCUCCGGCCACACGAUGGCCGGGGCGGGACCUGGGUCUGGGUUACCUUACGUAUUUUUAAAUUGGUUGACUGUCAUUUCGUAUUUUUGUUCUUUUCCGGACUGUUGGUGAUGCCGAAAGGGUGUGGUUUUCAAAGAAAUUCCUUGGAGCUUUUUACAAAAAAAAAGUAAAGAAGAAUUUCUGAAGAGGUCUAUGCUGAAACUACUGUAAAGGUACUUGGAAUUGGUAAAUACUGAAGGAGUCUCAUACAAAAAUUUGGGAAAGAAUCGGUACAGGAAUUUCUCAAUGGAAUUCUGAAGGAAUCUCUAAAUAAAAUCCUGUAGUAUUUAUAACACAUCUUUAGACGGAUUCCGCUAGAAAUCUUUAAACACAUUUUUGAAAAACCUCGGGAGGAACAUAUAGCGAAACAAAUUGAUAGGCAGUUGUGAGUAUUCCUACAAAAAAUCUCCUAAGAAAUGUUUCAAUGAACUCCUGUUGAAAUUUUUUAGAAAUAUUUUUGGAGAUAUUUCUAAAGACGGGCUUGGUGGUCUAGUGACUACCGCUUCUGAUUCGUAUGCAGAAGGUUCUGGGUUCAAUCUCUGGCCUGUCCCUUUCCUCCUUUUUUUAUCUUUCUAUAUAAUUUCUCCCUCUUCUCUAUAUAUACAACUUAUGUAUAUUCAUAUGUUCAUUGCCAUCGCGCGCGCUAGUAUAAGUUAGCAAAUAAUUUAGUUUAAGUCCCCUAAAUCCUUCCUUCACAAUUCCAAUUUGUUGUUAUCCCCAACCUCGAAACAGCCGCGAGUACUUCGGGUUCGGCAGUAUAAAAAAAUUAAAAAUAAAUAAAUAAAAGUACAAAAAAUAAACAAAAAAUGUUAAAUGUAAAAUUAAUGUGACGAAAUGCAGGAAUGAUUUCGGCUCAGUUAUGCCCAUGUGGCGCCCGAGCGUUCCAAAUAAACGAAUAAGGUUAAAAAAAAUAGCCAUCGCUAGAACAGAAAGGGGUUGAAAAAACCUUUUUCCUUCCUUCCAAACUUUUACACCACAGGGUCAAUCUAUCGCCUAAGAGUUAUGCAAUCAUGCGAACUACGCCGCACAGCUUCACAAUAAUAAAAACCACAAUUCUAUUCUCUUACGCCUGGCAUCCACGCACCAAUGUAUGAACCCUCUGCAAACCAUAUCUCUUCAACAAUACUCCGACAUCCGCAUGAUUUUUUGCAGACGCAGAGGUAUGUAUAUUCGGUCUGAUGUGGAUACAAAUGAUUACAAUCUUCACUUCCUUCCCCUUCCCCACAUUGACCAGCAACCUGACGUGGCAGGCGCCAUUGUUGCCAAAAUAGAGGAUCAUCAACGAUCACAUGCUGAGGAUGCCUGCUAGUCUCCAGCAGAUAUCUCAUUGGUUCCUUGUGUGAGCGUAGCUGGUCUGUCGAUACUGCCUCGGGCGGUCAAUCAAGCUCAAGCUCAAGCUUAACAAGCAAGACAUUUCUGAAAUUUCUGAAAUUAUCCUUGGAGCGAAUCUCGCAGGAAUUUCUGAGAAAUUACAUAGAGGAACAUCCGAAGAAAUUUCUGAGAAAAUCCUUGUAUGAAUUUCAAAGAUAACUUAUUGGGCAAGAGUUUCUAGCUUAUCCACGAAAUAAAAAGUCCUUCGAGAAUUUCCAACGGAAUUCCAGAAAAGUUCUUGAGGUAGUUCCUGAAUACCUAGAAGAUCUUCUGAAGAAAUAGCUAUGAAAAUUUCCAGAAGAAUUUUCAAAAAAUCUCCUAUAAAAAACAUUCCAAAAGAAUCUCUAGAGAAAUAGAGGAACCUUGAUAAGAUUCUACAAAGGAAUCCAUAGAAAAUUUUCAAAAGAACUCUUUGAAAAUUCUAUGAAGUAAUUUCUUAAGGAAGUUCAAAAGCAAUUCUUGAAGAAACAUGUGAAGAAAGCUUUGGAGACAUUUCUGAAGGAAUUCUGGAUUUUUGAGUUUCAUAAGGAAUCGCUGAGGAAGCUACUUAAGUAAUAAGUAAAAGAUUUUCAGAGAGAAACUUUGGAUAAAUUUGUACUGAAGUCGAUGGAAUGUUUUCUAGAAGAAUAUUUGGUUAAAAUCGAGAAGAAUCUAUUGUACAAUUUCUGAAGGAAAAUCUGGAGAAAUUACUGAAUAAAUUCACAAAGGAUUAUCUGAAUCGAUCCAACCAAGAUUUUUAUAAAUAAGAGCUGGAGAAAUGUUUGGAGAUACAGGGGAUGGCCAAAAUGUUUGGGAUAGGCAACUUUUUUUCUCCUACAAAAAAAUCAACAUGCUGUUACUUUUCAUACAGUGCAUCAAAAAAUCUCAAAUUUUGACUGUUUGUCAACCUAUUAUAUGUACAUCAUUGGUACAAAUUUGGGCUCGAUUGAUUAAUUUUUCACGAAGUUAGAACCGUUCGGGUAAAACACUAUUAUUUCGACAACUAAUUUUUGAACUGUCAUAUCUCGGAAACCAGUGAACCGAAUUGAAUGAAUUUUUUAACGUUUAUCAACAAUAUAUUGAUAUUCAACACGACGUUAUACAAUGUAAUAUUUUCUAACGGCGAAAUAAGUUAUACCGGGUUGAAAUUUUUACCCAUAUAGAAGAAAAUAAGCCAAAUUUACAAUACCGAACAAAAAUUAUUAAAUGUGCCUUUCUUUCAAUCUAAAUAGGCUCUAAUACAUAUAUCUGAUUAGAGAUAACUUGAGACCAGAAGUGGAAAAUCUUUGGAUAUGAACUCUAAAAUUCAUUGACAUUGAUGUAAAAAAAAUACAUUUUUUUCGAGAAAAAUCCAAAGAGUGUCAGUCCAUAAUAACUUUUUUCAACGUUUAAAAAGAACCUAUGUUUUAAUAGUUUGUGAAGCAUUUACAUAUUGUUAGUGUACGUUCAAAAUUUCAUUCAAUUCGGUUCACUGGUUUCCGAGAUAUGACAGCUCAAAAUGUGUUGUCUAAAAAAUAGUGUUUUACCCAAACGGUUCUAACUAUGCAAAAUAUUGAUCAAUCGAGCCCAAAUUUGUACCAAUGAUGCACAUAUAAUAGGUUGACAAACAGCCAAAAUUUGACAUUUGAAAAGUUAUUGCAUGUUGAACUUUUUUGUGAGAGAAAAAAAGUUGCCUAUUCCAAACAUUUUGGCCAUCCCCUGUAUCUGUGAAAAAUAUUCUGAAACAAAAUGCAUUGAAAAAUUUUCAAAGGUAUCCAUGCUGCAAUCCAUUGAAGUUUUAAUUAAUCAAUCCAUAGCCAAAUUCAUGUACGAAACUCUGGCACAAUUCCUGAGAAAAAAUAUUGAAGAAAUUUCUAAUGAGACUCUUAUCGGAAUUUCUGAAACAACCCAUGAUACAAUCUCUCAGAGAUGCCUUCGAGAAAUUUAUGAAGGAACUCCCUAAAUUACCAGUGAUUCAUUGGUGAAUUUUCUGCAAAAAAAAUAGAAACUAUUCUUGAGAAAUCUUUAGAAGAUUUUCUUAAAAAAUAACAGGAAGAAAUUUCUGAACAAGAUUUAAGAAAAAAAAAAUCGAAGUGAUCCCAGGAAAACUUCUUUAAGGUUUCUUCUCUGGAUACACUUCGGAAGCAAUUUCUUUUGGAUUAUCCUGCUGGAGAUUCUAAACAAAUCCUUUGAGAGAUUUCCGAAGGAAAUUCUUAAAAAAAAAUCUACAGAAAUCACUUGAGAAAUUUUUAAAUUCUGAAGGAAUUUCUUUGAAUAUUUUUUAUGAAACGAAUCCCUGAAGGAUUUUUCUAACAUCUGAUUAGAAUUUCAUGGUGGAUUGUUUGAAUAAAUGCUGGGAGAAAUUUUCAAGUGGAUUUCCCAGAAAAAAAACUUUUGCAGGGGUUUUUGACUGAAUACAAAAAACGAAAAACGAAAGAAUUUGUGAAGGAAUCUCUGAAGAAUUUCCUAACGGACACCCUAUAAAAAAGAGAUCCCUGGACGAAUUUCUGAAAGAAUUGCUGGAGGAAUUUCUGAUGCAAUCAAGGAAAGAUUUUUCAAGACAUUUCGUUGUGAAACGUUUGGAAAGAACUCCUGUGGAAUUUUUGGAGGAGAAAUUAUUGAGGUAAAUACAGAUGUUUUUUUUUUAAUGGAUUCAAAAAAUGCGAUCCGUCGUACGCAUCGAUCUGAAAAUGCAACCAAACUAUACACUACGAGUAAGCAAGCUAAGAGUUACAUUUCCAGGUCAUUUCGUUUGAUGAAUCUGAAGAUUUGUGAUCGAGAAGAUUCGAGCGAAAUGAAAGGCGGCCAAAUGUGUACUCCAACUAAAAUUUUCUUGAAGUAUUCUGUGAAAGAUUUGUGGAGGAAUCACAAAAUGAACCUCUGAAAGAAUUUCUGGAAAAAAGUCUAUAAAUAUUUCCAAUGAAUAUUUCCAAAUGUAUCAUGGGAGAAUUUUUUUAAAGGAAUCGACAAGAAAUUCAGGUAAUUCCCGAAGGAAAUCUUGGAAAAAAAUCCAAAGGGAUUUUCCAGAAGGAAAUUAUGAAGGAAUUUUUAAAAGGCUAUCUGAAAAAAAAAAUGAAAUAAUUUCAGAAGAAAUCUCCGAAAAUUUUUUUAAAAAACCCCUAUUGGAAUUUCUCAAGCGAUCCCUGGAGGAAUUUCUGGGAAAAAUCCAUGAACUUUUUUCAAAAGAAUUCUUUUAAGAAUUUUUGGAGAUGGAUUUUUAAAAAUUCUGGAGUAAUUUUAGAAGAAAUCCCCGAAGAAAAUUUCUAAAUGAAUCUUUGGGUAAUUUUUGUGAAAUAUUCUAGAAAAAGUUCCUGGAGAAAUCCUUGGAGAAAAUUUGGGGGGGAUUGAACAAAUCCGGGGAGAAAUUCAUGGGAGAAUUUAUGGAGGAAUCCUUAGAGAAAUUUCAAAAAAUCCCUGAAAGAGUUUAUGGAACAUUUUCUGGUUUCCUUAGGAAACACAAGUUUACAAAAUAAAACGAAAGUCGUGAACUUCUGUCAACGACCAAAAUUUUUGAAGCACAAUUUAGUGCUGAUUUCGAAACCGACCUUCAAAAAAUUUUAAGUAGAACAGUUUUUGAGUUUUAGCUCAAUAUCAAGUUUUGCAACUUUUCAAAAUAUGUAAUUAACUAAAAUUCAAAUAUCUUGCGUUUUGUUCAACCAAUUUUAAAUCUUUUUCCAUAAAUUAAAAGCUGAAUACAAUACCAUUCGAUGAUCUGAAUACAGGUUUUGCGUCAGAUUGAUGAAAUUCAAGAUAUUGGCUAGUCUUAGGGACGAUCUUCUUAAAUUUUAGCAAAAUUCUCAAAAUUUUUUGAAGAAAUGUAUUUUUUUCAAGAAGAAAAAACCAACUUAAAAAUUCUUUCUCGACGUCUAUUUGACAUAUCAUAUGUAGGCGAGUUACAGUAAAAAUUUUGGCUCAAUCGGAGCAUUGAUUACGGAGAAUGCGAUGUUUGAAGUGACCGACUUUACUUAAAAAUAGAACAAAAAUCGAUUUCAAAUCAUCAACCUUGUAUGGAAAGUCGAAAAAAUGUCCGCUCUACUGUAUUUUUUUUUCGCGUUUUCGAACUCAGGGCAUGAUUCUAUACCAAAAAUGAUCAUCAGCUUACCGAGUUCAAAAAUGCUGUAAACUAGUGAAAUCUUUCGAAAAUAUUCCAAAGGACAGUCUAGAGAAUGUUCUGAAGGAACUCCUGGUUGAUUUUUUGUAAGAAUCUUUGGAGGAAUUUCUUAAGAAAUUCAUAGAUGAAUUUCUGAAGCAAACGAGGGAAUAUUUUGUAAGAGUUUUUUUUUUAUAUUACUAGAAUCAAAAUUAAGCGGAAUUUCUGAAUAAUUUUCUGGGGAAAUUUCUAGAGUUUUCUAUGGCGACAAAUAUAAAACCAAUCUCUGACAGAUUUUUUGGAAAGAAGAAAUUCUUGAAGAAAUCCUUAAGUUCCUGAAAAAAAUAUUAGAGCAAUUUCCUGGAGGAAAUUCUAAAGCAAUUUAAGAUGAAAGCUUUGAAAGAAUUUCAAAGGAUUUCAAAAUUUUUGAUUUUCUGAAAGAAUCGCUGGAGAAAUUUCUUCCACAAAGCCUUCAGUUCUGGGAGAAUUAUCGAAUAAGUUUAUGAGGAUGUCGAUGAAAUGUUUUCUAAAGGAAUAUUUGGAAAAUUGGAAAAAAUCAUCGAGAGGAAUCUAUAGUGGAAUUUACGAAGAGAAAUCUGGAGAAAUUUCUGAAUAAAAACAAUGAGGAUUUUCUUUUUUUUAAGUUUUUAUUAAUGUGUAUUUUAACUUAAAUGCUAAUUCUACACUCAGAGGAUUUUCGGAAUCGAUCUAGCCAAGAUGCUCAAAAAGUAUAUCUCGGGAAAAUUUUGGCAAAAACUGUAAAAGGUUUUCUGAUAUGAAUCACUAGAUGAUUUUCAAUAGGUAAUCAUGCAGAAUUUCUUUAGCAUUCCUUUUUAUGGACAAAUUUCUGGAAGAUUUUUCAGAAUUAUUUCUAAAUAAAUGCCUGGAAAACCUCCCAAAACCUUUCUAGAUAGGCAUCGGAAGCACUCUCUGUGGGAUUAUCCUGCGCGAGGUUUUUUAAAGGAAUCUUUCGAGAAUUUUUCAGAAUGAAUUGCUGAAAGAAUUUCUGCAGGAAUCCCUGGAGAAUUCGUAAAAAAAAUCAUGUACAAAUUUUUGGAGCAAUCCAUGCAAUAUUUUCUCCCACAGCCUUCACUUUCCUAAUAAAGCGUUUUGCCUCGCAUUUUCUCAAAAUGCGAUCCGUCAUCGUGAAAAUGCAAAUUUAAAAAAAAUCCUUGGAGAAGUUUCCUAAAAAAUCCAGUAAAGAUUUUUCAAAAGAAUCCUUUUUGGAAUUUUUGGGAAUCGAUUUCUAAUGAUUCCGGAGAAAUUUUAUAUGUAAUCCCUGAAGAAAAUUUCUGAAUGGAUCCUUGGGAUUUUUUGGUAAACAUUCUAGAGGAAGUUCCUGGAUAAAUCCUUGGAGGGAAUUUUGGGGGAUUAAAACAAAUCUGGGGAGAAAUUCAUGGGAAAAUUUAUGGAGGAAUCCUUAGAGAAACUAAAAAAAUCCCUGAAAGAAUUAAUGGAAGAUUUUCUUAAUUUCCUGAAGAAAUCUUUGAAGAAUAUUUUGAAGGACACUCUAGGGAAAGUUCUGAAGGUACUCCUGAUUGAUUUUUUGUAAGAAUCCUUGGAGAAAUUUCUUAAGAAAUUCAUAGAUGAAUUUCUGAAGCAAACGAGGCAAUAUUUUCUAAAAGUUUUUUUUUCCAAAUCUCAAGAAACAAAAUUAAGUGGAAUUUCUGAAUAAUUUUCUAAGGAAAUAUCUAGAGUUUUCUAUGACGAAAAAUUUAUCCCUGAGAGAUUAUUUGCAGAGAAAAAAUUCUUGAAGACAUUUUAAAGUUCCUGAAGAAAUCCUUAGAUAAAUUUCCUGGAGGAAACGGAGGCGAAUGACUUUUGGUUAAAGCCUCUUUAAUAAAAAAAAAUAACAAUAAUAAUAAUGGAAAAAAAUAAGAAGGAUUCCUAAAUUUUUGACUUUCUGAAACAAUCUCGAAUUCUCGAAGAAAUUUAUGAGGAAGUCGAUGAAAUGUCAAAACAUCGAGAGGAAUCCACAGUGGAAUUUACGAAGGGAAAUCUUGAGAAAUUUCUGAAUAAAUUCAAUUGAGAAUUUUUGAAUCGAUCUAGCCAAGAUGCUAAAAAAAAUAUUUCUGGGAAAAAUUUUGGUAAAAACUGUAAAAGGUUUUCUGAUAUGAAUCACUAGAUGAUUUUCAAAGGUAACCAUGCAGAAGUUUUUUAGGAUUCCUUUUUAUGGACAAAUUUCUGUUAGAUUUUUCAGAAUUAUUUCUGAACAAAUGCCUGGAAAACCUCCCUGAAACCUCUCUGGAUAGGCAUCGGAAGCACUUUCUGUGGGAUAAUCCUGCGUGAGGUUUUUUAAAGGAAUCUUUCGAGACCUUUUCUGAAGGAAUUGCUCAAACAAUUUCUGCAGGAAUCCCUGGAGAUUUUUUUUUUUAAUCAUGUACAAAUUUUUAAAGCAAUUCAUGCAAUAUUUUCUCCCACAGCCUUCACUUUUCUGAUGAAGCGUUUUGCAUCGUAUUUUAUCAAAAUGCGAUCCGUCAUCGUGAAAAUGCAAAUUUCAAAAAAAGCAUUGGAGAAUUUAUGGAGCAAUCCUUAGAGAAAUUAACAGAAAAAACCCUGAAAGAGUUUAUGGAACAUUUUCUAAAUUUUCUUUGAAGAAUAUUCCGAAGGACACUCAAGGGAAAGUUCUGAAGGUAUUCCUAGACGAUUUUUUGAAAGAAUCCUUGAAGGAAUUUCUUAGGAAAUUCAUGGAGGAAUUUCUGAAGCAAUCUAGGCAAUAUUUUCUAGGAGUUUUUUUUUUAUUUUUAGAUAAAAUAUAAGUGGAAUUUCUGAAUAAAUUAUCUGGGGGAAUUUUUGGAAUAUUCCAUGACGAAAAAUUUAGAACGAAUCCUUGAUAGAAGCUCUUGAAGAAAUUCUUCAGUUCCUGAAGAAAUCCUUAAAGAAAUUUCUAAAGGAAUCCAUGGCAGAUUUCUUGAAGGCAGUUUUUAAAUAAGAAAAACCACUAGAAAAAAGCGUUAAGUUAUCUCUGAAGCAUUUUGCAAACUCUUAAAAAUUUCUGGAGAAAGUUAUGAUAAAAUAAUGGAGGAAUUCCUGAAGUAAUCCAAGCCAGAUUUUUUCUAGAAUUAUUUAAUAUAUUUAUGUAAUAAUUCACAAUUUGUGAAGAACUAAAAAAAAAUUUUGAAAGAACUCCCGAAAAAUGUCUGAUAAUAUCUUUAAAAACUAGAAUAGUUAUCAUCAAUCAUCAAAGUUAAUGCAGAUCAUGUGUUUUUUCGUCCCAUUUUUUUCCCAUUAACAAAAUCCUUCUAGCAACUGUUGUGAAAAUGCAGAGGUUUUCUCGGUGUCUAAAAGCAGUAAACAUAGUACUGAAAAUUCUUUCCAUCUUAGUGGGAGUUUCGGGGGGAAUAUUUGGAAAGAUUUCAAAAGAAAUCUCACGGAGCUUUUGAAAUAUUUCCGAAAAAAAGCCAGAUGGAAUAUCUGAAGGAAACUCUGGAGCAAUUCUUGAAGAAAAUAUUGGAGGAAUUUCUACUGAAGUUCUGGCUGGAAUUUGUGAGGCAAACUAUGAGGAAUUCAAUAAAUUAUUUGAAAGGAUUGUGAAUGAAUAACUAGUGGAGUUACUCUCGGAGUUACCAGAGGGAUAUCCUUGAACAUUUCUGAAGAUUGUUCCCAAAUGAAUCCUAGCAUCCUAGAAAGAUUUUUGGAACCAUCGGAUAAGAAAUUCAAAGUAAAUUUCUAAAGGAGUUCUUAAAAGAUUUUUUGAAAAAAAAUUCUGAAGAGUUCUGUAAAAUGAGCUCUGUUUAGAAGACAAAGUUCUGAAGGGUUCUAUGGGGAAAAAAAUCCCUGGAGCCAUUCCUGAAGAAACUCAAGGAUGAAUUUCUGAAUCAACCCAGACUAUAAUCUCCAAGAUCUUCCCAUAUAGCCGAGGCGGUAAACGCACGGGUAUUCAGCAUGACCAUGCUGAGGGUGACGGGUUCGAUUCCCGGUCGGUCCAGGAUCUUUUCGUAAAGGAAAUUUCCUUGACUUCCUUGGGCAUAGAGUAUCUUCGUGCCUGCCACACGAUAUACGCAUGCAAAAUGGUCAUUGGCAGAGGAAGCUCUCAGUUAAAAACUGUGGAAGUGCUCAUAGAACACUAAGCUGAGAAGCAGGCUUUGUCCCAAUGAGGACGUUACGCCAAGAAGAGAGAGAGAGAGAUCUUCCAAUUAUUUUUGGAAAUUUCUGGGGAAAACUCCUUUUGAUAUUUCUGGAAUAUUUUCUGGAUGAAUUGCCAAAGUAAUUCUUGAGAAAAAGUUUGGAAAGAAUCAUUGAGAGAUUUUAUUAAAAAAAACUAGGAGAAAUCCUUAGAGAGAAUUUUCAAAGGAAUCCUUAAACAAAUUUCUGAAGGUGUUUUUGAAUGAUUUUCCGAAAAAAAAAGCUAAAUUUCUAAAAUGAUUUGACAACUUUCUAAAGGAGAAAGCUCUGAAGGAAUAUCUGUACGAAUUUCCAAAGGAAUCCGUUGAAGAAUUUUUGAAGAAAUUUUUGGUUGAUUUUCUGAAAAACCACCAGCAGAAAUUUUGAAAAAAUCCUCUAAAGAAUUUUCUAAACUCUGAAGGAAUACCUGGAUAAAUUUUUGAAUGAAUUAAUCGGUAAAUUUCUGAAGCAAUUCAAGCCAGAUUUUUUGUAAAUUAUUUUCUAAAUUUUUGAACUAAUCCUUGGAGGAAUUUCUAAAGCUAUAUAAGUAAAAAAUCCGUUUUUUU